AUGGACUCCACCACCCUCCGCACCAAACAAGCCCCUCUGAAAGAACGCUACAAAACCGACCCCUCCUCCGCCCUCCUCACCCUCAAAACAACCGGCACCCUCUCCUCCACCUCCAUCGCCUGCUCCCUCUCCUCCGGCCCCGCCCUCGCCGCCGCCAAAUCCAGAACCGCCGGCCUCCACCCCGCAGCCGGCGGCGACGACCCCGAGAUCUCCGGCGAACUGUGCUCCGGCGACAUGUUGCUGGAAGCGCUCGUGGCGUGCGCGGGCGUCACGUUGAAAGCCGUCGCCACCGCGAUGGGGAUAGACAUCGCGGAGGGGGAGGUGAGGGCGGAGGGGGAUUUGGAUUUCCGGGGCACGAUGGGGGUGGAUAGGGGUGCGCCGGUCGGGUUUGUGGGGAUACGGUUGGAGUUCGUGUUGGAUACGGAUGCGGAGCCGAGCAAGGUUGAGAAGCUGGUGCAGUUGACGGAGCGGUAUUGCGUGGUUUUGCAGACGAUCAGUCACAAGCCGAAGAUCAGUGUGACGAGUUCGAAGAAAGGGCUUGUGACGGCAGGAGAGUGA